AUGUCCCGAAAAUUGACGAAUUACCGCCUUAAUGGGAAGCCCUCUACAUCAAUCCGUGUUCGCAAUAAGCAGGUGUCAGCCAAACUGCCCGACUCAAAUUCAGCUUUCUGCCAGUCAGUAUACGAUUUCGUUAAGCUGCUCAUUGACAAUGAGCUCCCCAGAUCGUUAUUGGAUCGCCAGAAGGAAAUCACUCGAGGUCAAGGAAGACAUUCACCAGACAAUAAUACAGCUAUUUUUACUACUUUUGAUUCUCAAACCUACGAACCAAAGUACUCGGGGAAGAAAAAAGCAAUCUCAACUAAAUAUAAAUUAAUAUUUCUCGACGACUUAAACCAAUUCCACCUGACCUACAACAACUUCGACUACACCCAGGAUAUCUCAGACAGUUGGAACACUUUUUUUAUCAACCGCGUCUGCAAGCAUUGGAUAAAUGCCGAGUCCCAGGACGCCUUUUCAUCCUACGGCAUUAGCACUGCUGAUUUCAGUCCCGAAAAUUUAUAUGGUGUUAUCAGUCGGUGGUUCGAUGGUAAAAGGGCCGAAAUUCAGAAGAAGACACCGAUAGAUCCAAGGAAGAAAAACUUGUGGAGAAAGAGUUGGUAUGCUCGCAACGCACUGAAAAAACGACGUGUUAGCUCUUUAAAUUCAUUAGGUAUCAGUGCUGAAUGCUGCGAACCUUUUGAAGAACCACUAUGUCACUCGGACAGCGAAGAACUUCCCGACAAGACUGUGCUAAAGGUGGGACUUCAAUGGAGGUCACCUGUAUUCGCAGCUUUGUGUGAGGUAGCCGACCGAGUCACCGUUGGUGCCACCUGCCCAGCCAGUAUAAGGAGCUCGGCCCCUAAUCGUAGGCUCAUCGAAACCCGUCGGCGGCCUGCACAACGUAUGAAUAUAGAAGCAAAAGUUCCAAUGAACUUAGUCAGCGAUGCUUACUGUGCCAAAUUCCUAAAAUCGCUUCCUGAACCAGAGCAAAAAGCACUCACAAACAAGCCACCGUCAGGACUGGCUGAGUUUUAUUUUAAGCUCACUCGCGAGCAUCCUAAUCUCUUCACUUCCACUCAACUUAAUUUGUCGAAUUUGUGA